AGUGACGAUGGAGCCCCCGCCCUUACCCGGCCCAGCACCUGGUGUGAGCAAAGCCCUUCUCCACCCACCUCUUUUGGAGAUUCAGAGCCCUGGCCCCGCCCAAGGCGCUAAUUUAACUCGAAUUGCAGAACUACCGGGCGCUGCUCCUACUUCCAGCUCCUGGCUCGAGCCUGCUUGGUCUUAACCUCAGAGACCGCGGAGCCCCGAAGCAGGAUCCCCGUCCCCGCGCGCUAUGAGUCCCGCGCGGCGGAGCGCCCCCGCCGUGCUGCGCCUACUGGGCGGGCUGGCCCCGCCGCUGCUGCUGCUUCUCCUGCGUCCUCCGGCUGCGUCGGGUGACUGCGGCCUUCCCCCAGAUGUACCUAAUGCCCAACCAGCUUUGGGAGCUCUUACAAGUUUUCCCAAACAAAGCACAGUAACGUACAAAUGCAACGAAGGCUUUGUAAAAGUUCCUGGCAAGGCAGACUCAGUGGUCUGUCUGAAUAAUAAAUGGUCAGAGGUUGCAGAAUUUUGUAAUCGUAGCUGUGAUGUUCCAACCAGGCUACUUUUUGCAUCUCUCAAAAAGUCUUAUACCAAACAGAAUUAUUUCCCAGAAGGUUCCACUGUAGAAUAUGAUUGCCGUUUGGGCUACAUAAGGGACCAUUCUCUCUCAGGAAAACUAACUUGCCUUCAGAAUUUUACGUGGUCCAAACCUGAUGAAUUUUGUAAAAAAAAAUCAUGUGCUAACCCUAGAGAAAUAAAAAAUGGUCAUGUCAAUAUAACACAUGACCUAUUAUUUGGAUCGUCCAUCCAUUUUUCAUGUAAUACAGGGUACAAAUUAGUUGGUGCAACUUCUAGUUACUGUUCUCUUGCGGGAAGUACUGUUGAGUGGAGUGAUCCGUUUCCAGAAUGCCAAGAAAUUUUAUGUCCAGAACCACCAGAAGUUGACCAUGGAAUGAUUGAAGAGAAACAAAACAGUUAUGCAUAUAGACACUCUGUAACAUAUAAAUGUAUGAAAGGCUUCACCCUGCAUGGAGAGAGCUCUAUCUAUUGUACUGUAAAAGAUGACCAAGGAGAGUGGAGUGGCCCCCCACCUGAAUGCAAAGAAACUUUUCAAAUUUACAAAGUCACACCAGCAGUUCAGAAACCCACCAGAGUACAUGUUCCAGCUACAAAGGUCCCACCAACUCCUCAGAAACCCAGCACUGUAAAUGUUUCAGGUACAGAAGCCCCACCAACUCCUCAGAAACCCACCACUGUAAAUGUUUCAGCUACAGAAGCCCCACCAACUCCUCAGAAACUCAUCAAAAUAAAUUCUUCAGCUACAAAGUCCCCAAUAGUUUCUCAGAAACCCACCACUGUAAAUGUUUCAGCUACAGAAGCCCCACCAACUCCUCAGAAACCCACCACCAUAAAUGUUUCAGCUACAGAAGCCCCACCAACUCCUCAGAAACUCAUCAAAAUAAAUUCUUCAGCUACAAAGUCCCCACUAGUUUCUCAGAAACCCACCACUGUAAAAGUUUCAGCUACAGAAGCCCCACCAACUCCUCAGAAACUCAUCAAAAUAAAUUCUUCAGCUACAAAGUCCCCACUAGUUUCUCAGAAACCCACCACUGUAAAUGUUCCAGCUACAGAAGUCUCAUCAGCUCCUCAGAAACCUUCCACAGCAAAUGAUUCAGCCACAACAGCCCCAAAUUCCCCCAUAUCAAACACUGUCUCUACAGCAGCUCAGAAUCCCAUCAUGGCAAAUGCUUCUGCAUCACAGGCCACACCAACAACCCAAAGAUUCACCAUGGCAAAAUCUUCACUUACACAGAAUCUUAGAGCAACACAAAAGUCCACUGCUGUACAUACCCCAGUGACCAAGAGUCUCCAUGCAACACAAAGAUUGACCUCUGCUCAUGUUACAGCAACAAGGAGUCCAGCUGUUCCCAGGGCAACAACACGUUUUCAUGCAACAAGCCCACCUAAAGGAGGAGGAAGCUCUCCUUCAGUUGCUAGCAUCAUUGCAUCGGGACAUAUAUGUAUGACAUUGACAGUUUUGCUUAUGAUGCUAGUAACCAUUGGCUAACUGAGCCAAAGAAGAGUUGAGAAGAAAGUGCACAUGAGUACACAGAAUAUUUCUAGUUUUGUAGAACUUUCUGGUGGAGUGGACACAGUAUAUGUGGUAGUGUUCUUCGUUUUGCGUGUUAUCUUGUCUUUAAGAUGCAUAAGAAUGUCCACGAAGCAAGGAAAAACGAAUCUGUCCUGGAAUCACGUUCUCAGCACUCCUAAGACUCUUGAAAAUAGAAGAACUCACAAGAUAGAGAGUGAUUACUUUCAUAAAAGUGUGGGAAAGUGGAGAGAUUUGUUGAUACUUAGAAUGUGAGCAAGAAGAAAAGGAAAAAAGUGAAUUUUUUUUCACCAAAUGUGUAAUGUUAUUUUUACUUACAAAGGACACAACAAAUUAAAAACAUUAAUUGGAUAUUGAAAACAAAUAAACCACUCUCUUCUAAGGAAAACUGCCCAAGAGUGAUGAAACAUUAUAAAAUAAUCCUUCCUGACAAAAAGGCAUUUUCAUCUUUUCUUUUUCCAUUAAAAUGAGUCUGAAUCAGUUGGCAAAAUUUUUUAAAGGAAAAGCAUGCCGAUCACCCAAGAAUGUUGAGUUUCUUGGGUUAUUUGGUGACAAAGGAGGAAUACAGAAUGAAGGAAUAAUUCUUCCUUUGUCAUACAAGCACAGAUAGUGAAUUAGCUCCUUAUUUGUCAGAUAGAUCAGCUAUAAUUUUGUUCUUAAGACAAUUAAAAAAAAAAAAAAACAACCCCGUGAAAGGGUGAAAGGUGUCUUUAUUGACUUAAUGUCUUUAAAGGUCUCCAGAUAUAAUAUUAAUAUAAGAAAAGAUUCUAUAUUUCUGAAGUGAGAUGUUCAUAUUCAAAUUGUAAAUCUUAUUCUUUUGUAAUAUUAAACUUAAUUUAUAUUUAUUUAGAUUUUACAUGUAUACCAGAAAAGUUCAAGAAGAUACGUAAAGAAAAAUUUGUUUUCCCUAAAUAGAAAUAAUUGAUCACAUUUUUGUCUCAGGUGGUAUUUGACAUUUAUUUUCUUAAAUGUAAAUAAUUUACUUAUAAAUAAGAGAGUCCCUUCCUGCCUUUCAUAAGUAGUUUAGAAUGCUGCCCUUUGGUUAUCCUAGUGUGAAUCAUUUUCAGUUACUUUUAAUGUAUCACUUGUUAUUGACUUACCAAACGGCAAUCACAUCAAUUUCUAGAUACUUAAUAUGCUCUUGUCAUCUUGCCAAUUACAUGUUGUGUUGGAAUAGACUAGAAUAUAUACAUAACUAAAUUUAACAAUAAUUAUUUUGUCAUAUUGCUUCAUCUACUUUGUUGUUAAAGUAUUUUAAAAUAAAUUCCAUUAG